AUGGAGCAGCUGAAGGAAAUCGUUUACGACAGGGUACACAAUCAGAAAUGGUUUACUGCGAGAGGAUUGAAAACUUUAGCAGGUGCGACAGGAUGGGGAGAGGAGGCGCUUGCAAGGUUGAUUGCUUGCAUACUUUUCUUGAUUCUUGUUACUAGUAAGAAUUGGAUUGUGUGUAACUCGAUCCUUGUCGGCGUAUCCUUGCUGCUCAUGUAUGUCUUUCCCGACGAAAGGCCUCCAGCAGAAAACAUGCGAGUGUAUUGGAUUUCUGCUUUCGUCGUAACGGCAUUUGAUCGCAUGUUGGAAGCCUUUCCAUUGUACUACGUCGGAAAGCUAUGUGCUCUUCUCUUUCUACUAGUCGAACCAUCAUGUCUAAACGAAAGACUCAAAACACUACUUAAACUUACUACUACUAGCCUCUCAGAGAAUUUAAAAGAGCAGAAAAAGCCUCUCAGAGAAGUUAAAAGAGCAGAAAAAGAAAAAGAUGUAGACAAAGGAAAUGAGCUGGCGUCUGCAAUUGGAAAGUUUGCAGGAUCUCUGCUAACGGCGAUAGGCUCCACCCGUUCAUCCAAUCCAACUCCACCAACAGCGCCAACAGUUGCCCCUCGAAAGUCCCCCAGUCCUUCGCGGCCAAAAUCAGAAGGAAGCCUUCAGGGUGCUGUAAAAACAGCUACCCCUCGCAGUAAGACCCUAUCUGGUGAAAGAUCUGCUCCUGUUCCGACGCCGUAUGAUGCGAAACCUAUAUCUACAACGGCAAGGCCAACACUUGCAUCAGGACAGUCAGUUGCUCGGGCACCAACAGCAACUGGACCACCGGUAGGUGUCGGUGAGAGGAGAAGCAUAGCUUCAACAUAUGUCAACCUACCUAAACCAGCCGGAAGAAGUAGAGCGUCAUUACGUCUUGAUCCAACUCCUCAACGGGGAAUCGGAAGCAAAACUAGCGAUCCUAAAAAACCGAAAAAUGCUCCUAUACAUGCUAAGGUACCAAAGUAG